CUGACAAAGACAAGUGUAACCAUGAGCACAACAAAUCAGAAUCUUUUAAGUCUGAAAACCAUUCUGCGACUAAAAUGAACACAACAGAACUGUACAGCAAAAGCUGUGACCUCUACCAAACAUGUCGCCCGUUACCCUUAUUAACCAAGUCAACUAUGAGGGCUUUGCAAACGAAAAUGUCGGCCUCCAGAAACCAGUCACGUGACGUACUCCAUUCCCUUCUUUCCCCGCCAUUGCAUCAGCCGAUUUAGAGCCGCCUUCCUGGAACCCGACUAAUAAGCUGAUUCGUGCUCGGGUUGAUUGGCAUGAUGACUGACCAAUAAAUGUCCCGGUUCCAUAGGGUUAGUUUCAAGAUGGAUUCAACUCUAACAGCAAGUGAAAUACGGCAGCGAUUUAUAGAUUUCUUUAAGAGAAACGAGCACACCUAUGUUCACUCAUCUGCCACCAUCCCAUUGGACGAUCCCACUUUGCUCUUUGCCAAUGCGGGCAUGAACCAGUUCAAACCCAUCUUUCUGAACACUAUUGACCCAUCUCACCCGAUGGCAAAGCUGAGCAGAGCUGCCAAUACCCAGAAAUGCAUCCGGGCUGGGGGCAAACACAAUGAUCUCGAUGAUGUGGGCAAGGAUGUCUAUCAUCACACCUUCUUUGAGAUGUUGGGCUCCUGGUCUUUUGGAGAUUAUUUCAAGGAAUUGGCGUGUAAGAUGGCUCUGGAGCUUCUCACCCAAGAGUUUGGCAUUCCAGUUGAAAGACUUUACGUUACUUACUUUGGUGGGGAUGAAGCUGCCGGCUUAGAACCAGACCUGGAGUGCAAACAGAUCUGGCAAAACUUGGGGCUGGAUGACUCCAAAAUCCUGCCUGGCAACAUGAAGGAUAACUUCUGGGAGAUGGGUGACACAGGCCCCUGUGGUCCGUGCAGUGAGAUCCACUAUGACCGGAUUGGUGGUCGGGAUGCUGCACACCUCGUCAACCAAGAUGACCCCAAUGUGCUGGAGAUUUGGAACCUUGUGUUCAUCCAGUAUAACAGGGAAGCCGAUGGCAUUUUGAAACCUCUUCCCAAGAAAAGCAUUGACACGGGGAUGGGCCUGGAGCGACUGGUGUCUGUGCUGCAAAAUAAGAUGUCCAACUAUGACACUGACCUUUUUGUUCCUUACUUUGAGGCCAUUCAGAAGGGCACAGGUGCCCGGCCAUACACUGGGAAGGUUGGUGCUGAUGAUGCCGAUGGGAUCGAUAUGGCCUAUCGGGUCCUGGCUGACCACGCCCGGACCAUCACCGUGGCACUGGCGGAUGGUGGUCGACCUGACAACACAGGGCGGGGGUAUGUGUUGAGACGAAUUCUCCGCCGGGCUGUUCGAUAUUCCCACGAGAAACUCAACGCCAGCAGGGGUUUCUUUGCCACAUUAGUAGAUGUUGUUGUCCAGUCCUUGGGGGAUGCAUUUCCUGAGCUAAAGAAGGACCCAGAUAUGGUGAAGGACAUCAUUAAUGAAGAGGAAGUGCAAUUUCUCAAGACUCUUAGCAGAGGGCGUCGUAUCUUGGACAGAAAAAUUCAGAGCCUGGGAGACUGUAAAACCAUUCCUGGGGACACUGCGUGGCUCCUCUAUGACACCUAUGGCUUUCCAGUGGAUCUCACUGGACUGAUUGCUGAAGAGAAGGGCCUGGUGGUAGAUAUGGAUGGAUUUGAAGAGGAGAGGAAACUGGCCCAGCUGAAAUCACAGGGCAAGGGAGCUGGUGCGGAAGAUCUCAUUAUGCUGGACAUUUAUGCUAUUGAAGAGCUCAGGGAGAAGGGUCUGGAAGCAACAGAUGAUUCCCCGAAGUAUAAUUAUCAUUCGGAUUCCAGUGGGAGCUAUGCAUUUGAGAGUGCAGUGGCUACAGUGAUGGCUCUGCGCAGGGAUAAGAUGUUCGUGGAAGAAGUGUCCACGGGCCAGGAGUGUGGAGUGGUGCUGGACAAGACCUGUUUCUAUGCUGAGCAAGGAGGGCAGAUCUAUGAUGAAGGCUACCUGGUGAAGGUUGAGGACAGCAGCGAAGAUAAAACAGAGUUUACAGUGAAGAAUGCUCAGGUGCGAGGAGGGUAUGUGCUGCACAUCGGGACCAUCUACGGCAGCCUGAGAGUGGGGGACCAGGUCCGGCUGUUUAUUGAUGAGCCCCGACGGAGGCCCAUCAUGAGCAACCACACAGCUACUCACAUCCUGAACUUCGCCCUGCGCUCUGUGCUCGGGGAAGCUGACCAGAGAGGCUCCCUGGUUGCUCCUGACCGCCUUCGGUUUGACUUCACUGCCAAAGGAGCCAUGUCCACCCAGCAGAUCAAGGAGGCUGAAGAGAUUGCUAACGGGAUGAUUGAGGCAGCCAAGCCUGUCUACACCCAGGAUUGUCCCCUGGCAGCAGCUAAAGCCAUCCAGGGCCUGCGGGCUGUGUUUGAUGAAACCUAUCCUGACCCUGUGCGAGUCGUCUCCAUUGGGGUCCCAGUGUCCGAGCUGUUGGAUGACCCCUCUGGUCCUGCUGGCUCACUCACUUCUGUUGAGUUCUGUGGGGGAACGCACCUGCAGAAUUCGAGUCACGCGGGAGCUUUUGUGAUUGUGAGUGAAGAAGCUAUUGCCAAGGGCAUCCGGAGGAUUGUUGCCGUCACAGGUGCGGAAGCCCAGAAGGCCCUCAGGAAGGCGGAGAGCUUGAAGAAAUCUCUCUCUGUCAUGGAGGCCAAAGUGAAGGCCCAGACUGCGCCAAAUAAGGAUGUGCAGAGGGAGAUCGCUGACCUUGGUGAGGCCCUGGCCACCGUAGUCAUCCCCCAGUGGCAGAAGGACGAAUUCCGGGAGAAUCUCAAAUCCCUGAAGAAGAUCAUGGAUGACCUGGACCGGGCUAGCAAAGCCGAUGUCCAGAAGCGAGUGUUGGAGAAGACAAAGCAGCUCAUAGACAGCAACCCCAACCAACCCCUUGUCAUCUUGGAGAUGGAGAACGGCGCCUCAGCCAAGGCCCUGAAUGAAGCCUUGAAGCUCUUCAAGACACAUUCCCCUCAGACAUCUGCCAUGCUCUUCACCGUGGAUAAUGAAGCUGGCAAGAUCACGUGCUUGUGUCAAGUCCCCCAGAAUGCAGCCAACAGGGGCCUGAAAGCCAGCGAGUGGGUACAGCAGGUGUCAGGCCUGAUGGAUGGCAAAGGUGGUGGCAAAGAUGUGUCUGCUCAGGCCACAGGCAAGAAUGUGGGCUGCCUGCAGGAGGCAUUGCAACUGGCCACUUCCUUUGCCCAGCUCCGCCUGGGAGAUGUGAAGAACUGAGUGGUAGGGGCAGCUUCCACUGGGAAGCAUCCUUCCCUCACCCGAUGCAUCCGUCCAGCCAGCUCUCCAUCUGCCACGAGGACAUGUGAAUCUUCCCUCCUAACCCAGCACUAACUGGAACUCACCUGGGAGCUGGCCCGUGACUCAGUGCCCACGUUAUGUUUCUCCCCUGAGCCCUACACACCAGCGGCAUCUGUGUAAAACCACUACCCCAGGAUUGCUAUUUAUCAUUGUCAUGCUCGUGUCUGUAGAUAGAGUUCUUUGUAGGCCUGAGGUUGUGGGUCUACAGGGAGGAAUCAUUUUUGCUGCAGAGAAUAAAAGGACCAUGUGCAAUA